UCUAAGCCUUCUAAUGUCCUUGAAGCUGUGUAUCACGGGCUUGUCAGCGUGGAGGCUGGAUCCGAAGGAAAACCCAUCGAUAUGAACAAGUUUCCUCCGAGCCUGGCCGUUACACUGGAACUUUGUGCAGGAAUUAUUGACAAGCCCAUUCCGGUGGCUGAAAUUGCCCGAGAGGAGGUCCUGGAGGAAUGUGGCUACAAUGUACCAGUCGCACGGCUAGAAGAGAUUAUGAGCUACCGUUCGGGAGUGGGAACUUCGGGAGCCCUACAGACCCUGUUCUACGUGGAAGUUACCGAUGCGGAUAAAAUUCCGACUGGAGGUGGUGGCGUUGACGAUGAGAUUAUCGAGGUCGUCGAAUACAGCAUAGAGGAGGCCCGGAAGCUUACCGAGAAAGGAGUAGUUCUGACGAGCCCGCCGUCUUUUUUGUUCGGUGUACUUUGGUUUUUGACCAAUCGAGCACCCAAGGCUUAGGUGAGAAAUUUAAGGUACGUAGUUGUGUUUACUGUAUGUAUAUAGAGGCCUUGAAGGUUCAUAGCAGUCCUUCGAUAUUCUGGAUGUGAUUAUCAUGGAAAUACAACCAAAACGACGGAAUGUUUA